ACUAAACACUUUCUCGCCCUCUCUCGAAGCUUCCCCGGUUCCCAGAACGCAACCGAACCUUAAUUCGAUCCCGACACGAGGGUUUGGCCGGUCGGCCGCUAGGGCAUCGAAGCUCCUACUACCUAGCUAGGGUUCGAGGGGUGGCGGGGCGGCGGCGGAGAUGUCGACGCCGUCGAGGAAGCGGCUGAUGCGGGACUUCAAGCGGCUGCAGCACGACCCGCCCGCGGGGAUCAGCGGCGCGCCGCACGACAACAACAUCAUGCUCUGGAACGCCGUCAUAUUCGGGCCGGACGACACGCCGUGGGACGGAGGCACGUUCAAGCUUACCUUGCAAUUUACAGAAGAUUACCCCAACAAGCCACCAACUGUUCGGUUUGUCUCUAGGAUGUUUCAUCCAAAUAUCUAUGCAGAUGGGAGCAUCUGCCUGGAUAUUCUACAGAACCAGUGGAGUCCUAUAUACGACGUUGCUGCCAUAUUGACUUCUGUUCAGUCCCUGCUGUGUGAUCCAAACCCCAACUCUCCAGCAAACUCGGAAGCGGCCAGACUGUUCAGCGAGAACAAGCGAGAGUACAAUCGGAAAGUCCGUGAGAUUGUGGAGCAGAGUUGGACUGCUGACUAAGUCAGGCAGUGCCAAAAAAUCUGCAAUAAGCACAACUUGAAACCUGUGUUUUCUGGCCCUCUAUAGUCAUCGCAGUUGAAACAUUAAACACCUCCAGUAAUUGCUUGUAGACAAAAAUUCUCCGGUGAUUGUUUGUAGACUGUCAUGAUUCGGUGUUCUGGCUUGCUACGCUGUUUCCUUAUGUACUGCUGUUGAGUACAUGUGGACUGCCUCAUGAAUUGUUAUGGUAACCUGCAUAUUCUGUGUAAAAAGCUAUAGCCUGGAAAUGGUUGAUGGACCGCACAAGAUCCUCGCUCAUGUCGUGUAACUUGAUAGCAUAAUCUACUGAGUUUGUCUGCC